GGCGGAUAUCCAAAGAGUGGUUGUUAUAGAAACACAUCAUUGAUUUUAGAGAUGAGUGAAGAAGAAGAAUCACCGAAAUCGCAGAACGUAUUUAUCAGUGAAUUAGACUGUUAUGUUGGGAAAAAUAUAGGAAAAGUUUGUUGAAGUGCAUUUCUAAGUUGUAUGAUAAACAAAGUAUUUAGCAACACAAACUCCUGGUGUUGGAGUUGAUGAAGCAUAUCAAGAAGUGGAUAUAUCAGCCGAUAAACAGUGGGAACCGAAUGGACCUCCUCCACCCAAGAAAAACUGUUUCCUAAUAAGUGGAACCCUUCGUUACACCUCGUCAAGCAAACCGAAAUUCGCAAAAGAAGUUUUAAAUUAUGAAGAACGUCAGAGAUUUCUCGAACACCUGCUAGAAUUUGAUGCCAUUAUAUAUGAUAUAACCGAGAAUCCUGAGCAAAUAGAAGAAGUUUUAUGGCUUGUGGAAUCUUUGGAACAGAGGUCAGAAGAAUUUGUUACGCAGAAAAAAUUCUUCUUAAUCAGCAAUUUAAUGAGCUGGCCCAUGACAAAGCCAAGUGAUCCGGAAGAUCCAGGAUUUGUGGAAUCUGAAUAUCGACGUCGUAAACCGCAUCCAAAGUUCAAAGAAUAUUUAGAAUGCGAAAAGGCAAUCUUGAGAGCAGGUAAAAAGCAUAAAAAGAAAUUCAUUACUUAUGUAUUGGCUUGUGGAGUAUUUUACGGUUGUGGAGAAUAUCUCUUUCAACAUUUAUUCAAAGAAGCAUGGUUGGCACAAAAACCCUUGCCAAUUUAUUUGAAUGGGGAGAAUAUUCUACCAACAGUGCACGUGAUUGAUUUAGCAAGAGUAAUUCAAUGCAUCAUUGACAAUCCACCUAGACAACGUUAUAUAGUUGUACGAGAUGACAGUCAAUUCACUCUAUCAGAGAUUGUAAAGUCUAUCUCAUCAGCUCUGUCUCACGGGAAUACCAAGAUGUACACGAAAGAGGAUAUGGAAGCGUAUAAGAUACCGCCAGAAAUAAGUGAUUUGCUUACACUGAAUCUUCGUAUUGAACCUGGUGCAAUUAAAGAAGACAUGCAAUUUCAAUGGGUAUCUGAUAGUGGAAUACCAAAUUAUAUCUCCCAGCUAGUCAACGAAUUUAUUGAAGAGCAUAAUUUAAAGCCAUUGCGUAUAUGUAUUCUUGGUCCACCAUGUGUUGGCAAGACAACACUAGCUAAACAACUCUGUCAAGUUUAUCGUUUACACCACAUACACUUGAAUGGUUUAUUAUUCGAGUGUAUUAGAAACUUGCUUGAACCAAUCAAAGCAUAUGAACAUUUAUUAGCAAUUCGUGAAGAAGAGCGUUUAGCAACUGAAUUAGUCUCUGAUGCUGAUAUUGAAUCAACUGAGAAAAUUUUACCCCAAAGAAAUUCUGGUAUCAGCCGUUCAUCUUUAGUUGGAAAUGAAACUAAAGCCUUAGCAACUGGAGGUACUACAGCUUUAGACUUCACAUCAACUUUAAACUGGUCAACAAAAGUUUCUCAUCCAGUGAAUACAACAGCGGAUAGUUAUGAUUAUGAUGUUGAUAAAAAUACGUUAACUGGAGAUGAAAUUACUUCGAUAAGAAAGUCGAGUGUUGGAGAAACAUUAGCCGAUUUAGAAUAUUAUCCAAUCAGUCCAUCGCCCGUAUGGAAUUCAGAAGAUGAACUUGAAUUGCUGGUUAAUGAUUGUCAAGAACGCUUAGAACAAUUAAGAGAAAAUACUGAUGAAACUGGUAAACUGAACGACGAGACAUUGAUUAGACUGCUUAUUCAAAAGCUGAUGUCAAAACCAUGUCAAAAUCAAGGAUUUGUGUUAGAUGGAUUUCCGAAGACACUUGAACAAGCUGAAGCUUUAUUCAGACCUGACCCAGAAGAUGAAGAUAUUCUUGGCAAUGAGAAAUUUCCAUCAUCUCAUCGAUUAAUCACACCAAAUUAUGUAAUCUAUUUAAUGGGUAGUAAUGAAUUAGUACGUCAUCGAUUCAACAGACAAUCAACAGAGGCUGGUCUCAAUCCUGAACAAGCUUUAAUUAUCCCACCAUUAUGGAGAGCUUGUCUAUUGGGUGAGAAAUACACGUCUCAAGAUGCUGAUAAGAUGAAAUCAAGUGUAAAUAAUGUGGAGAAUGAACCAGAAAAAGAAUCAGAACACUUGGCGGAUACAGAUGAAAAUGCACCCGGUGAAGAGAUGACAGUAUUGAAACACUUAGAAACACAAAAGCAUAGACAUGAACGACGCCUAGAAGCUUAUCGUGCUGCAAUGGCACCAGGCGCUGCAGCUUUUCGUGCAGCACUUAUUGAUGAGGCUAACUUAUUUCAUGAAGAAAAAAAAGAAGAACGCAGAGAGCUUCGUAAAGCUGAAAAAGAAUUAUUUAGAGCAUUGGCAGCAGAAGAAGCUACAGCUGAAGGUGGAACUGACGGCGGCGGCGGCGGUGGUGGUGGUCAAGAAAAAGAUGAACAUGAAAAAAUAAAAGAGACAGUAAAUGAUGCAAUACCAAGUGAAAAAGCAAAGGAAGAAGGAGAACGUGACAGUGAAAAAGGUGAAAACGUGAGGGAAGAACAACAACAAGAAGAAGAGGAACAUACAAAAACUGAAUCCACUUUAGCCGAGUUAAGGCUUGCUCAUAUUCCACCGAUUCCUGAAACACCAGAUGAUACCGAAGAGAAUGUGUUGACGUAUUUUGAUAUCAGAGAAAUUCAUCCAGUUGUUAUUGACAUGGAUAAAGAUUUCAGUUCAUUGAUUGGUACAAAUGGUCCACAAGAAGAUUGUUUUGAAAAAGUACGUAAAGUGAUCGGACGUCAGAAAGCACCAUAUCUACCUUCUAUAAAAUUAUUCUCAUCAUCAUCAAAACCAGGUGAAUGUGAAAUUCAACAAAGAGCUAUGAAACAUUUGAAAGAAUUACAAUCUGUCAAGAUGAAAAUCUCUGAAAGUCAAAUGGAACGAGACAAAAGAGAAGAAGCUAAACUACUUCAACAAUAUCAAGAUGACUGGAAUAGGUGGCUUUCUUUGCUGAAUGCACAGAAUUAUCAAUACACUGAAGCGCAUUCACUACCAAUGCGUCACUAUCUAAUGAAAUAUAUUAUGCCAGAUUUAUCGAAAGCUUUACUGAAAUGUACUGAAAUACGACCAGAAGAUCCAGUUGAUUUUGUGGCUGAAUAUUUAUUGAAAACGGGGAUAUCAGAGUAAAGGAAGGAAGAAAUAAUGAAUUCUAUUUAUAUAAUAAUAAUAGUAAUAAUAAUAAUAAU